AUGGCAAUUCCGACAGACGUUAAUCGGACCUUUGAUACGUCGCUUGUUGAUUUCAACGUAAACGCCUCUUUUUCUACGACCGAGUCAGAUCCCUCGGAUUAUGGGGCUGUGAAUCAUGCCACUACGACUAAGACGCCGGAUGUCCAGCCAACAUCGCUCUUUGAAGAGCAAAAUCAAGAGAUGCCAGCGCAAUCACAGACCUCCGUCUCACCUGUCGAUAUAGGCAGCGCACCGAAACCCCCAACAUCCGUCCAGCACCUCCCCACACAAGAUACAUACGACCAAUGGGCUUCGAUAUACGACACAGAUGGCAACAUGCUGCAGUCAAUCGACGACGCGGAACUUGAAACGCUGCUACCAGACUUCCUUGCCCCCGCACUUAGCAGCAGCAAGAGUAGUAGUACCAAGAGUGCGCAAGACACGCCUACCCUUUCCCUCCUCGAUCUCGGCUGCGGCACAGGUCGCAACACAGCGAAACUGCUUUCCUACGCCUGGCCUGCAAACCUCCUCGUCGAAGUAAUGGGUCUGGACUUCUCGCGGGGAAUGCUGGAUGUAGCUCGUACAAAACUGCGUCCACUCAUGCACAACAGCAAAGACAAGUCCAAGGAAGAGCAAAACAUAUCUCUACGCCUAGAAUGCACAGACUGCUUUCCUACCAUCUCACACCCAUCUGCCUCACCUCUACCUUCUGUUCCCGAUGGUAUUGGCCUUCGUCCAGUAGACGCAGUCAUCAGCACUCUCGUCCUCGAGCAUAUCCCCCUCCUCCCCUUCUUCGCCACGCUCGCCGCGCUCCUUGUACCUAACGGUUUAGCGCUCGUCACGAAUAUGCAUGCGCAAAUGGGCGCUGUGUCGCAGGCGGGGUUUGUCAAUGCACGGGGUGUUAAGGUCAGGGGGAGUAGUUUCGCGCACACGGUUGAGGAGACUGUUCAAGCGGCGGGGGAGUGUGGGUUUGAGGUUGUUGAGGUGAGGGAGAGGGCGAUGAGUAGGGAGGAUGUAGAGUGUGGGCGCGUAGGGAGUAGAGGGGGCAAGUGGGUUGGUGUUAAAGUUUGGUUUGGGGUUGUGGUUAGGAAGGUUGGGUGA